GAAACAAAUGGUGAGCUGCUAAAGUCAAGCAUAGUCUUGAGUCUGCAACGUUGUAAUGAUAUCUACAAGAGCAAUAAAGAUUGACCCUUCUGCAAUAUGCACAUAUUACUCAGAGAAGCUGGUCAAUGAUUACAAGCAGAAAAACCAGGAUGUGUUGGAUCCAAAUUCUAAGCCAAGCGAUCAGACUAUGGACUUCCUGAAGACACAUUCAUAUUUGCAUGCUUCAACCAACUAUGAUGCUGCUGCUGCUCAAGGUAUACAAUCUGAUCAAUUUUUCUUCACUGAUGUUGCCAUGAAGAGUGAACAUAUCAGGCGAAGUGUCCUUGCUGAUGUAAUCCUUGACACUUUUGGAAAUCUUGAGAAGGUAGAGAUCUUAGACCUUUCACACAACAACCUCUCAGGCGAGUUCCCGCAGACACUUUCCAAGCUCAGGGAGCUGAAUGUAUUGGGGUUGAGAAACAACAAAAUUAGAGGUAGAAUCCCUGAGAGUCCUCAGCUAGACAGAUUGAACGAUCCAAACAUUUACGCGAACAACAACAAACUAUGUGGAAUGCAAAUCCAAGAACCAUGCUCUACACAGACCAAUCAGCCAGAGGAAGAUAAAGAGGAAACAAUGUUUUCAUGUAAAGCUGCAGUCACUGGCUUUAAAGGCAGUUGUCUUAAUGUAUCUGGUGUAUCAGCUUUGUUGUUCUUGACAUUGGAUGUGGUGUGUUCGUCGGAGGGAUCGAAGAAAUCUCCCGAUGAGGACAAGCGUUUUUCGUCUUCUUCUCUCAAUCUGAUACAUAUUAUGAAGGUUCAUCCAAGCAAAGUAUACUCUCUUAUUGGUUCUGGUGGUAAGAAAGUAAAGAGCAUCAUUGAAGAAUCUGGAGUUGAGGCCAUUGAUAUGCAAGAGGAUGGAAACUGUCAAAAUUAUGGCAAUCGAUGUAGCGAGUCUGGAAUGGUGAAAGCGAUUAUUACUGGAUUGACAAUGGUUCCCGCUGUUGGUGAUAUCUACAGGAAUUGUGAAAUCAAGUCAAUGGCUCCUUAUGGUGCCUUUGUAGAGAUUGCGCCUGGGCGGGAAGGUCUUUGCCAUAUCAGUGAGCUGAGUGCUGAAUGGCUUGCAAAACCAGAGGAUGCCUAUAAAGUAGGAGACCGCAUUGAUGUCAAACUAAUAGAGGUGAAUGAAAAGGGUCAGCUUCGGCUUAGUGUACGAGCUUUACUUCCCGAAUCAGACAGAGACAGUCAGAAACAACAGCCGGCAUGUGAUUCUACCAAAGACAAGGGUUCGCAAAGGAAAUAUGUAAAUACUUCGUCAAAGGACCGUGCAGCAGCAGGAGCAUCAAAGGUUUCAUCUGGGGAUGAACUUGUCCUGAAGAAGAAAGAUGUCAGGAGAGCAACUGGUGGUAGUAGUGACAAGACAAUGAAAAGCAAUAGCAGUACCAACGAAGAAAGUUUAGUCAACGGUGAAGCUACAAUCAGCUAGUAAAUGCAAACAAGAUCACUGUUCAUAUCUGUUUCUUGUGAGACUCAUUACAAAAGGAGGAAAGUUUCUUCCAACGGAACCACAGGUGCGACUUGAGAAAUCGUGAAAACUUGAGACAUGAAUGAAAACAAAACAAAGUA